UCCGAUCAACGGAACAGCCGGCUUGUGAAAUUAACGUGCAAGUGGCUGAGCACUCCACAGACAUGUGUACCCUUAACGUAGUUCUCGGGGAUAUUCAGCGUGACAAGGCUGACCCUUUGAAUUACAGGCACAACAGAAACACGAAGAAAGAGUGAGAGAAAGUCGUGGUGAAAGAGUAGAGCAGGGUUCGCCACCAUCCCCUGCCGGAGCCUUGUGGAGCUUUUAGAUUACUGGAUAACAUUGGAUUAAAGAAUUUAUCAUCUUUGAAAGAUUAAACAAAGCUGUUAUACAGAACAGAGAUAUCCCUGUUUAUAUAGAAAGAAGGUAAAUUUUGUGUGAAAUAUUUCUUGUGACUGCAGCAAUAUUCCUCUUCAAUGAGGAUUUUGCAUUCGUAUUAAACAUGGAUUACAAAAGAGUUUGCAGCAUCUCCAGAUAUUGACCAAGAUAAGAAAUUGUUUUAGGAAUGAAGUGUGUAAACAUCUGCAUAUUGUGGUGAGAAAAUAUAAAUUAUGGAAAGGGAAUUGUGUGAGGACAGUGUGAAAUGUAAAAUGCUGACAGAAAGUGUUGACUUUAAUGGGGAGGUGCCAAAAGAAAAAAGAAAGAAAUCACACCAUUGUGAUAUUUGUGAAAAGGUAUUCGUUUGAAAAGAAAGCCUCACAAUUCACAAACGUAGUCAUACAGGAGAGAGACCGUAUCAGUGUGAUAUCUGUGAAAAAUCCUUUGUUCGCAAAGAUGGCCUCAGUAUGCACAAACAGCUUCAUGCAGGAGAAAGACCAUAUCAUUGUAAUAUUUGUGGUAAAUCAUUCUCUCGAUCUGAUCACUUAACGAAGCACACGCGAAUUCAUACAGAAGAGAAGUCGUAUCACUGUGAUGUCUGUGGUAAGUCAUUUGCUGAAGGAAGUACCUUGACUAAACACAAACGCAUUCACACGGGAGAGAAACCUUACCAGUGUGAUAUCUGCGAUAAAUCAUUCUUUCAAAAUAGCCACUUAACUGCACACAAACACAUCCAUACAGGGGAGAAACCAUAUCAUUGUGAUAUCUGUGCUAAGUCCUUCUCUCAGUCUGAUAACUUAACUAAACACACACGCCUUCACACAGGAGAGAGACCAUAUCAGUGUCGUAUCUGUGAUCAGUCAUUCUCUGAACGAAGUACUUUAACUAAACAUACACGUAUUCACACUGGAGAGAAGCCAUUUCACUGUGAUGUUUGUGGUAAAUCAUUCUCUCGAUCUGAUCACUUAUCUAAACACAAGCACAUUCAUACAAAAGAGAAGUCGUAUCACUGUGAUAUUUGUAGCAAAAAAAUCAGUUUACUGCCCACAAGCGCAUUCACACAGGACAGAAACCACACCAUUGUGUGAUCUGUGGUCGGUCGUUCUCUGCAGGAAGUAUCUUAACUAAUCACAAAUGUAUUCGCAGAGGAGAGAAGUCAAUUCAUUGUGGUAAAUCAUUCCUUGAUGGAAAUACCUUAACAAAGCACAUAUGCAUUCAUACAGAUUACUGGAUAACAUUGGAUUAAAGAAUUUAUCAUCUUUGAAAGAUUAAACAAAGCUGUUGUACAGAACAGAGAUAUCCCUGUUUAUAUAGAAAGAAGGUAAAUUUUGUGUGAAAUAUUUCUUGUGACUGCAGCAAUAUUCCUCUUCAAUGAGGAUUUUGCAUUCCUAUUAAACUUGGAUUACAAAAGAGUUUGCAGCAUCUCCAGAUAUUGACCAGGAUAAGAAAUUGUUUUAGGAAUGAAGUGUGUAAACAUCUGCAUAUUGUGGUGAGAAAAUAUAAAUUAUGGAAAGGGAAUUGUGUGAGGACAGUGUGAAAUGUAAAAUGCUGACGGAAAGUAUUGACGUUAAUGGGGAGGUGCCAAAAGAUAUAGGGAAACCAUCUCACAACUGUGAUAUCUGUAAAAAGUCAUUUACUCGAAAAGAAAGCCUGACUGUUCACAAACGUAUUCAUACUGGAGAGAGACCGUAUCAGUGUGAUAUCUGUGGAAAAUCAUUCUCUCAAAGUCACCACUUAACUAAACACAAGCGUGUUCAUACAGGGGAGAAACCUUAUCACUGUGAUAUCUGUGGUCAGUCAUUCUCUGUAGGAAGUACCUUGACUAAACACAAACGCAUUCACACUGGUGAGAAGCCAUUUCAUUGUGAUGUGUGUGGCCACUCAUUCUCUAUACAAAAUAAUUUAACAAAACACAAGCACAUUCAUACAAGAGAGAGGCUUUAUCAGUGUGAUUUCUGUUGUAAAUCAUUCUCUAAAAAUUCUAUCUUAAUUAAGCACAAGCGUAUUCAUACUGGAGGGAAACCAUAUCAGUGUGAUUUCUGUGGAAAAUCAUUCUCUAAAAAUUCUACCUUAACUAAACACAAGCGUAUUCAUACUAGAGAGAGACCUUAUCAAUGUAUUAUCUGUGGUCAGUCAUUUUCCACAGGAAGUUCCUUAACUAAACACAAACGUGUUCACACUGGAGAGAAACCAUUUCAUUGUGAUUUAUGUGACAGGUCAUUCUCUGAACGAUUUUCCUUAACUACACACAAACGCAUUCAUACAGGGGAGAGACCUUAUAAGUGUGAUAUCUGUGGUAAAUCAUUCUGUCGUAAUGACCACUUAAUUGCACACAAGCGCAUUCAUACAGGGGAGAAACCAUAUCAGUGUGAUAUCUGUGGUCAGUCUUUCUCUGUACGAAGUUCCUUAAAUAAGCACAAACGCACUCACACAGGAGAGAGACCUUAUCAAUGUGCUAUUUGUGGUCGGUUAUUCUCUGAAGGAAGUUCCUUAACUAAGCACAAGCGCAUUCACACUGGAGAGAAACCAUUUUGUUGCAACAUCUGUGGACACUCAUUCUCUUCAAGAUUUCUAUUAACUACACACAAACGUAUUCAUACAGGAGAGAAACCUUUUCGAUGUGAUAUCUGUGGUAAAUCAUUCUCUCGAAAUCAACACUUAACUAGACACAAGCGGGUUCACACCGGUGAGAAGCCAGUUCAUUGUGAUGUGUGUGGCCAGUCAUUUUCUGCUGGAAGUAGUUUAACUAAACACAAGCGCAUUCAUACAGGAGAGAGACCAUAUCGCUGUGAUAUCUGUGGUAAAUCAUUCUCUCGAAAUGAUCGCUUAAAUGAACACAAACGCAUUCAUAAAAAAUAAAAGGCAUUUCACUUUGGUAAAUCAUUCUCUGAUAAUCAUGUCUGAAUGAAACAGAAAAGUAUUCAAACAGCGGAGGAACCAUAUCAAUAUGGUAUCUGUUGUAAAUCAUUCUCUCAAAACAUGACUUAAUACAGAUGUGUAUUCAUAGAGGUGAGAAACCAUAUCAUUGCGAUAAUUUGGGUAAACCAUUUAAUCAAAUGGCUAAUUUAAUUAAAAAUUAACAUAUUUAUGCAAGAGAUAUUCUAUAUGUUACAAGACAUGGACACUGUUUGAGGCCCUUAGGAGCGACCUGAACUCCUUUGGUGCCAGGCCACUUUGGAACAUUAUGGUUUACCAUUGGUCAGAUCUUGUAUCCAACAAACGAUUCUACUCAGAGACUGGGAUGUGUCCUUUGCUAUGAAUGGGGAGCAUCAACUCAGACUGUCUAGUCAUGUUGCUUGAUUUUCUGAAAUGUUCCAGACAGACAGAUUCUCCAGAAAUGAUACCCCUUUUUAAAACCCCUUUCUGAUAAAUUUAAUAAAGAAUGUGCAUUGAGCGUACUCAUCUCUUCCAUUUUACAUAUUUUCCAAGAAAUUAUGCUGUGAUUCAUAAAAUCACAAGGUGAUUUCAAAGAGGCACUGGUCUAUGGGUUCUUUACAUGUUUAAGUGAAUUGAUAAAGAAUUAACCCAGAUGCAGCACAGAAUUUUGUCAGUGAACAGGUCGCGGUCUCAAAGCGACAAAAAUAUUUUGACAAAUUAAAUUUAAAUGUUGAAGUGAAUCUGACGGAUUUUGUGUGUUAUUUUAAAUGACUUAUAAACACCUACCACGCUGCAAUUGUUUUCGUUCCGGCACACGAUCUCAGAUCAGGUCACUUGCUAUGCAAGUACAUCUCCGUAAACCCUGUUUUACAAUUGUAUUAAUUCAUACCUUUAUGUGUUCAAUAAAACCACGUUCUUUACUCUC